AUGCUGCUGGUGAUCGUGUCGGCGCUUUAUCACGCCAAGCUCGGCAUGCAGGUGGUCAUCGAGGAUUACAUCCAUGGCGAGCUGGCGAAGUAUGCGCUGCUCGUCGCCAACAUCUUCUUCACCUUCGGGAUCGCGGUUCUCGCGGACCACAAGUUCGACGUGGUGGUCGUCGGCGCCGGCGGCGCGGGCCUGCGCGCGACACUGGGCAUGGCCGAGCAGGGCCUCAGAACCGCCUGCAUCACCAAGGUGUUUCCGACCCGGUCGCACACGGUCGCCGCCCAGGGCGGCAUCGCUGCGAGCCUGCAGAACAUGACGCCCGACAGCUGGCAGUGGCACAUGUACGACACCGUCAAGGGUUCGGACUGGCUCGGCGAUGUCGAUGCCAUGCAGUAUCUCGCCAUGGAAGCGCCCAAGGCGGUCUAUGAGCUCGAGCAUUACGGUGUGCCGUUCUCGCGCACCGAGGACGGCCGCAUCUAUCAGCGCCCGUUUGGCGGGCACAUGCAGAAUUAUGGCGAAGGGCCGCCGGUGCAGCGCACCUGCGCGGCUGCCGACCGCACCGGUCACGCGAUCCUGCACACGCUUUAUGGCCAGUCGCUGCGCAACAAUGCGCAGUUCUAUAUCGAGUAUUUCGCCAUCGACCUGAUCAUGGACGAGGACGGCACCUGCACCGGUGUCGUCGCCUGGAACCUCGAUGAUGGCACCAUCCACCGCUUUUCGGCCAAGAUGGUCGUGCUGGCCACGGGCGGCUAUGGCCGGGCCUAUUUCUCGGCCACAUCCGCGCAUACCUGCACGGGCGACGGCAACGGCAUGAUCGCGCGCGCCGGCCUGCCGCUUCAGGACAUGGAAUUCGUGCAGUUCCACCCGACCGGCAUUUACGGCGCGGGCUGCCUGAUCACGGAAGGCGCGCGCGGCGAAGGCGGCUAUCUGGUCAAUUCCGAAGGCGAGCGCUUCAUGGAGCGCUAUGCGCCGUCAGCCAAGGAUCUUGCCUCACGCGAUGUCGUCUCGCGCUGCAUGACGAUGGAAAUCCGCGAGGGGCGCGGCGUCGGCAAGAGCGCCGACCAUAUCCACCUUCAUCUCGAUCACCUCGACCCGGCGGUUCUGGCCGAGCGCCUGCCUGGCAUCUCCGAAAGCGCCAAGAUCUUCGCCGGCGUCGAUGUCACGAAAGAACCGAUCCCGGUGCUGCCGACCGUGCAUUACAAUAUGGGCGGCAUUCCCACCAAUUAUUGGGGCGAGGUGCUGAACCCGACCGAUGGCGACCCCGAUGCGAUCGCACCCGGCCUGAUGGCCGUCGGCGAAGCGGGCUGUGCAUCCGUGCAUGGUGCGAACCGUCUGGGUUCGAACUCUCUGAUCGAUCUGGUCGUGUUCGGCCGCGCCGCAGCCAUCCGCGCCGGCGAAGUGGUCGAUCGCGAAGCAUCCGUUCCCGCUAUCAAUCGCGCAUCCUGCGACAAGAUCAUGGAGCGGUUCGACCGGUUGCGGCAUGCCAACGGCGGUACGCCCACAGCCGAUCUGCGCCUGAAGAUGCAGACGAUCAUGCAGGAGGACGCCGCGGUCUUCCGCACGCAGGAGACGCUCGAACAGGGUUGCCGCCGCAUGGACGCAGCUCAUCAGGAGCUGGCCGACAUCAACGUCACCGACCGGUCGAUGAUCUGGAACUCGGACCUUGUCGAGACGCUGGAACUGGAAAACCUGAUGGCCUGCGCGAUCACCACGGUCUAUGGCGCCGAGGCGCGCAAGGAAAGCCGCGGCGCCCAUGCGCGCGAGGAUUUCAAGGACGGCCCGAUGGCGGGCCGCGACGACGAGAACUGGCGCAAGCACACGCUGGCAUGGAUGAGCGAGACCGGCGCGGUGACGCUCGACUAUCGGCCCGUGCACACCGAUCUUCUGGCCGAGGGCAUCGAACUGGCCAAGAUCGCGCCGAAAGCGCGGGUGUACUGUAUUCCGGUACGAGCCGGGAGCCAAUUGUCGAUGACGCCUCAGACCACGCCUACACCACAAGCCGAGCCCAAGGCCGAAGCUGGCGGAUGGGUGUUCGGCGUGACGCUGACGCUGCUCGGAUUUGGCUUCAUGCUGCAAAGCCUGUUCGACACCGACAUUGUCGUAUCGGGCCUCGUUGUUCUGGUGGUCGUUGUGCUGGUCAGCCUUGCCGGGCCCCGCCGAGGGCAUAGCGGUCGCGCGCGCUUUCUGCCGCCGCUGGUCCUGUUUCCGACGCUCCUUUUUGCGUUCUGGUACUUCAUUACCAUCAAGUUCGGCCAGUUCGGGCUUGGCCCGAUCCUGUUUCAUGCCAAUCAUGGCGUCGAAGCGAAUGGGGUCGUCAGCGAGUUCCUUCGUACCUCGCGCAUGCCGCUGGCCUAUAUCGUCGCGCUUGUCGUCGGGCUCUGGCUGCUGUCGGCGACCGACCACCGGUUUCGCCGGAUCGACCGGCUGGCGGUUCUGCCGCUGCUGGUCUUCAACCCGUUCACCUGGUCGGUGGCAGAAUAUGUCGGCGAUGCCGAAGCCGCCUCGCACAAGGUGGUCUAUAGCGGCUAUGCCGAGAUUGGCGAUCUGCGAAAGGCUGGAACCAACAGGCCAAACCUUCUGAUCCUCUACCUUGAAAGUAGCGAGCGGACUCUGAUGGAUGAAGGCGCGUUCGGCGACGUGAUGGCGCCGCUUGCGCCGUUUGCCGCACGCGGGAUCGAGCUGACCAAUCUGCACGAGGCGGCGCUGACGAACUGGACGCUGGCCGGACAGGUUGCCUCCCAAUGCGGUGUUCCGCUGAUGCCGCUCGGCCUUGUGACACACAACAGCUUUCAUUUCGUCGAUGACGCGUUCCUUCCGGGCGCCACCUGCCUUGGCGAUCUUCUGGCGCGUGACGGCUAUGAAACCGCCUUCAUGAAGGCCGCUCCGUUGCGUUUCGCCGGAACGGACAUCUAUGCGGCCGGCCAUGGCUGGCAGCGACGCCUUGGUUUCGCGGAACUGCGCGACCAGAUUCGUGCCGGCACGAUCGAAUGGGGCAUGAACGACGAAGAUCUCUACGACGCCGUCUAUCGCGAAAUCGAAGAUAUGGCGGCCACAGGCCGCCCCUAUGCGCUCGCGGCGACGAAUAUUGGUGGCCACGCGCCGCAUGGUUAUGUGUCGCCCAAGUGUCGGACACGGCCCUCGGUCACGCGCUAUACCAAUCGCAUGCUGCAGUCCUACCGCUGCACCCACGAACUGGCCGCCGAACUGCUUGAUCGGCUCGAGGUGUCCGGCCAUCUCGACAACACCGUUGUCGUGAUCCAGAGCGACCAUCUGGCGAUGCGCAACUCGGUCUACCGGCAACUCAAGCAGCGUGAACGGCGCAAUUUCUUUGUCGCCUUCGGCCCCGGCAUUGAACCGCAGGCGAUCGACCGCGACGCGACCAUGAUGGACGUCUAUCCGACCAUCCUCGAGCUGCUCGGCUAUGCUCCACCCGAUGGCCGUGCCGGGAUCGGUGUCUCGCUUCUUUCGCAGAACCAUACGCUGAUUGAAACGCACGGAUUGCCUGCGCUGGACAAGGCGAUCUACGGCGAUACGGCACUGCGCAACCGGCUCUGGGGCGUCGAGAUUGAACCCGGCCGGUCCUGGGCCCGCCCGGAAGGGGCCAACAAUCUCAAAGAGUUCCGCAUCUAUCGCUGGAGCCCGGACGACGACCAGAACCCGCGGCUCGACACCUAUUACGUGGAUCUCGACGAUUGCGGGCCGAUGGUGCUCGACGGCCUUUUGUGGAUCAAGAACAGUGUCGACCCCACACUGACGCUGCGCCGGUCGUGCCGCGAGGGGAUUUGCGGCUCCUGCGCGAUGAACAUUGACGGCACGAACACGCUGGCCUGCACCAAGGGCAUGGACGAGGUGGAAGGGCCGGUGAAGGUCUAUCCGCUGCCGCAUUUGCCGGUGGUCAAGGAUCUGGUGCCGGACCUGACCAAUUUCUACGCCCAGCACCGGUCGAUCGAGCCCUGGCUGAAGACGACGACGCCGGCGCCCGAAAAGGAAUGGAAGCAGAGCCAUGAGGACCGCGCCAGGCUGGACGGGCUCUACGAGUGCAUCCUGUGCGCCUGCUGCUCGACCUCGUGCCCGUCCUAUUGGUGGAACGGUGAUCGCUAUCUGGGUCCGGCCGUUUUGCUGCAGGCCUAUCGCUGGCUGAUCGACAGCCGCGACGAGGCCACCGGCGAGCGUCUUGACCAUCUGGAAGACCCGUUCCGGCUUUAUCGGUGCCACACCAUCAUGAACUGCACCCAGGCCUGCCCGAAGGGGCUCAACCCGGCCAAGGCGAUCGCCGAGAUCAAGCAGAUGAUGGUCGAGCGGCGCGUCUAG